AUGGUUUUCGGCAUCGGGUCCCUCUCUGGCGGCUUCGUCAAGCUCAACGCCCUCUUCCCUCCCAUCAUCGCGGUCGCGGCCGCCUCCCUCCGCUGGUUUGUCGCCUCGUCCGCGUCGGAAAUGGUGCUCGCGGCGCUGCCGGUGCCGGUGGAAAAGGUUCCUUUCCUGGUGGCCGCGUCACUGCCGGCCCUCAUCUUCAUCUCGGGUCUCUUGCCCAUCAUGGGCCUUGCCGCCGCCAAGCCCGACGGCUACGACAACCGCCAUCCUCGCCUCAUGAAGACGGCCGAGUCACUGAUGCCCAAGUACCCGCUGAAUUUCCGGCUGCAGAGCGCGCACAACAACACCAUCGAGAUGGUGGCAAUGGCGGCGCCGGCCUUCUUCGUCGCUCACGCCCUCGGCCUCAACCAGCUCCUGUUUGCGAAGCUCUCUGUCCUGCUCCUCCUCGUGCGCCUCGUCUACAUCCCGCUCUACGCGCUCGACUCAGACGCCGCACGCACCACCGCUUUUGUCAUGGGCGCGUUUUCCAUCUUCUCCAUCGGGUUCGGCGCGAUAUUCCCCUCAACGGUCCUGACGCUCUUUGGCAUCGCCGCGCAGGCCUGA